UUAUGGGAGCGUGUUUCCGUCCAUGUUCUUCAUAGAACACCCGUAGUCUUGGAAGUUGGAACCCUAAGUGGCGGCGAUGGAGGGCGGCGAUGGAGCGGCGGCGACAGCAGCUGUCGAUUCGAAGGACUUGCAGCAGCAGAGCAAAGCUCUCGACAAGCUAACCGAUCGCGUCGAAGACCGUCAGCUCGAUUCCAGUCGCGUGCAAUCGGCCAUGGCAGCUCUUGCUUCAGCUAAGGAAGCUGAUUGGAAUGCGAUGCGACUGCGGGAGAAAGAGCUUGCUGCUGUGAAGAUCAAUCCAAUUGAUGUAGACAUUAUCGCAAAUGAACUCGAGUUGGACAAGAAGAUUGCUGAAAGAACACUAAGGGAGCACAAAGGCGAUGCAGUUGCUGCUGUUCGCCAUCUACUUCGUUGAAAUCAUCUUACGUUGGUUGCAUGAUUCUGUAGAGAAGUAGGAAAUGGAAGCCCCAUUAAACAGAUUGUUGCUUUGCAGAAUCUUCUCCUGAUGAAUGUUUGAAACUAUUCUGUAUCCACUCACACUAUUUAGACAUUUAUUUAUCAGCAAUGGAAGUCUGAGGGGGGUGAUCAAGUUGUUGACACGUCAUCAGAAUUACUGAUA